AUGGUGUUCAUAGCCUCUCGAGAGAUGAGUGAAUCCAUGCUCAUGACGGCAUCCACGGACCGUCUGGGCCUCGCAGUGACCUCGUACGAUGAUUCGGCGCAUCUCAACGCUACAGCCCAGCUGAGUACGCCGGUGAGUCCUCAGAGGUCGCCCGUUUCCAGUCAUCCUCUGGGCGUCGCUCUUGGCGGCAUGGGCGGUCCCCCGCGGAUGCAGCGAUCUCGAUCCUCUCGAGUUCGCCCGGGGACUCAGUCACCUCGGGUUUCGCAUAAGGCCUAUCCGUUCCCCAACGCUGACACGUUCACCGCAACGGCAAAUGUGAUACAACCAAGUACAAACCAUGGCAAGGACCAAAGCGCAACCGCGACGGGACGCGGGCAGCGAUACAGCAUUGACUACACAACUCUCACGGAAAUCGACCGGAUGAGGGCUUCGCAACAGGUCGACGGCUGGGGGAAGAAGGAUGCGUGGAGUUCCGCGAGCAGCGGAGGCCGGAGCGCCCCUCAAACCCCUCUUUGCAAAGGACGAUCCACUAGGCGUUACCGCCACUCGGCAACUCGCAAUUCCUUCCGACACAAUGCGAAUACGCAACCAGCGAAUUCGACCAGCAAUGCCAACAACAAUCACUUAAACAAUAAUGCACUCACUCAACAGCACGGCAAGCAGGCCGUCUCACCGAUAUUGUCGUCCCGCGCCCCGUUAGCGGCUGUGAGCUCGCUGACACUUGCCGGCGGUGGAGGUGGGGGUGCUGGCGGAGGAACAGCUGGCCUGUCAACAUUGGAUCCAAACCAAAACCACCCCAAUUCGCCUUCUAGUCUCAGUCCCAUUAGCCAUUUGAGCCAUCUUGGCCAGCCGCACCGUUCUGUAGGUCGUUCACAGUCUGUUCGGACUGCGAAGAGACCCCAGACCCUCGAAAACAGCACCAGAUUCCGUCAACGGAUCGCGUCCAUACCCGGCGAUCGCGCCGUCGUGGGAGGGGAUUGGGAAGAUCCCGCGGCUGGCGCCACUGCGGCAUCGAACGCGUCGUCAUCCAAUAGCGUAUACGGAGCUGAGACCCAGGCUGCGACUGGCGAGGUUGAGGUGCAACGUCUGCGCAAUUUCGCGGUGACGUCGAAGGGUGUGGUAAAUCGAGGCGACUCGUUCCGCUCAAAAGCGAAUCGAUCAGCGAGUCUCCAUCGGAAUCACGCCUCCUCCCUCAACAGACUCAAUGUACCCGCGAGCCGGCAACGCUCUGCAAGCGGUGGGUCCUACAACUGCAUCGCUACACAGUCUGGCUCAAACCCUGAGCUACACACCGGUGUGGUAGCCGGGCGUGGAAGAGAUUUAGAAGUGUGUCCUUCACUUUCACAAGUGGUUCCGACCACAGCUCUAUGCGCCUCGCUCUCAGAUGGUAACAGGGUUAUAAGUCAGUUGGAAGAGAGCGCCAGAAUCGUCCUUGAUGGCAUUCACGGUCAAUCAAACCCAGAAAUCAGCAUCGAAACCGGAGUAGAUGACCUCCACACUCACGCAGAGCCCGUAGAGGAUGUAAUUUGCUGUGAGCCGACACCAACGCGACGUUAUCGGGUACUUGUCGUCGGAGCUCCGGAAGUAGGCAAAACCUCCCUCACUCGACAAUUCACAACUUCAGAGUACAUUUGUUCCUACGAUAGCUCCAUGGACGAAGAACACGAGAAAGUCGUUCAGAUCAUUCUGAACGGCGAGGAAUCAGAGCUCGUAUUCAUCGAACACAAAUCUAGCGAAGCAUUGGGGAACCCAGUAACUGCGUACCAGCCGGACGCUUAUCUCGUGGUCUUUUCAGUGACGUCGAAGAGUUCUUUCACGGCUGCCAAAGAUUUCCUGCAGGUCAUCCGCAAAUGGGAUAAUAUGGCAGCCCGCGCGAUAAUACUCGUCGCCAACAAGACAGAUCUAGUUCGUCUCCGAGCUGUCUCGACAAGUGAGGGACGCAGCUUCGCCAGCAGCGAAGGCAUCAAAUUCUGCGAAACGUCGGCUGGAAUAAAUCACAACGUAGAUGAGCUUCUGGGUGGACUCCUGCACCAAAUUCGACUAAAACAGCAGCAGUUGAUCAAGCGAAGCGCGUCGCAGCGUAGUCAAAGCACCAGUUUGAAGGUCCUGCCAUUGUUGAGAGCGAAGAAUUCAGGGCCCCGAGGACCCCACGACAGCGAAGGCAAUCUCCAUCCGAAGCAGCCGCUGAGGGCAAAGAUGUUCUUGAAGAAGAUUCUUAGAAAGGCUUGUGGUACCUUCGGAACCUCCCACAGCAGCUGUGACAACCUCCACGUUUUAUAG